AUGGCACUUGUGUAUACCAAAAUUGUGGAUUUGCAUCCUUCUGUAACAAAUUCGAUGAUAAAAGUCAUAUGCAUUCGUCGCUAUGCUAUCAAGUAUGGAGGGGAACAAUCCUCUAUUGAAUGUGUGGAGCAUGAUCGUGAGGGUACAAGAAUUCAUUUGACUAUACCACGUGGACAGUGUGGUGCACUUGGGCAUAUUAUGCAAGAGGAUGUUGUUGUGCAAAUUAGGAAUUUUUUUGUGCGAAAUAACAACUUUGUGAGGAACAAGACAGUUGACAAUCCUUACAGAAUUGUGCUGUUCCCAAAAAGUCAAAUGUCAGCCUGUGUGGAUCCUGAUUUUCCGUUGCAAAAAUUCCUAUUUAAGGAUUUCAAUGACAUAAGUGCUAUUGAAGAUGCUAAUGAGGAAGUGUUGUUUGAUGUUAUUGGAGUGUUGGUGGGCAAAAGGUAUAUCAAAGAUCAGAAUAAUGUGAAGCUCAUAGAGCUUGUGCUUGAGGAUGCUAGGCCAACGCUUUACAAAGUGUCAGUGGGGAUCAAAUUUUCAAAAAAAACACUCUCACUGAAUUUGGAAACUGUUAAAGAAGAUUCAGUCUCUGAUGAAGAUAUAAAUGUUAAGGCUAUUGAUGAAAUUGUGACCAAUGAGAAUGGAGAAGCAUGGAUUUGUGGUACUAUUGAGUCAGUUGAUUGCUCAUAUACUUGGUGUUAUAUGGCCUGUAUUCGAUGCACAAGGAAAGUGGCUAAAUUGAACAAUAGAUUUUUCUGUGGUGCUUGCAACAAAUAUGAUGGGAAAGCUAAUCAAAGGUACAUGUUGAUACUUAAUGUAGUUGACUCUACAAACAAUGUAUCACUCUUGGUUUGGGAUAAAGAAUCCAUAACUCUACUGGGAAAGAAAGCAUCAGAGAUAGAGCUGAAAGGCAAUGAGAUUGGUCACUUGGAAAUUAUCCCUAAAGAAAUUGAAAGUGCUCAUAUUGGGAAGACUAUCCUGUUCAAAGUUCAGCUGAGAGCUGAUAUCAAAACACUGAAUGACAGGCCAUACAUUGUUCUAAAAGUGUGCAACAAUGCUGAUACUGUGCAGAAAUAUGCUUCUACUAAUGGUCAGAAUUCUGAAGGAGAGUUUAAUGUUCAGUCUUCUCAAAAAUCGUUUGAAGAAGAGUGUGAGGGUUUGUCGCAGAUCACGACGAUACCAGUUCUGUCUGGAAAUAAAAAGGUUAUUUAA